UAAAUCGGCGCAUGCGCAGUAGCGCGCGGUGGGUGUUUACGUUGGGGGCCAAGGGGAACAGCUGAUCGGUCGCCACUCAGAACGGCGAUCACGAAAUACUGUAACAACAACAACAUCAUCAUCAUCAACAACAGCAGGAGAUACUAACUUCAAUAAUAAUAAUACCACUACGACUGCCGCUGCCAGGCACUGAGACGAGAGGGCAAGAUACGGCAGCGGGCAUGGAGAUUAACGAGCUGUUCGUGAGUUGCAGGCGAGGCGACUUGUGCAGAGUCAGGGACAUUGUGGAAGAGAGGGACUUGGAACUGAAUGUGAGAGAUAAAUGGGACAGUACUCCAUUGUAUUACGCUUGCUUAUGCGGCCAUGAGGAGCUCGUGGAAUACCUUUUGGAAAAUGGUGCCAAGUGUGAAGCAAACACUUUUGACGGCGAGCGCUGCCUGUACGGCGCUCUCAGCGACCGCAUCCGGCGCCUGCUGCGCGACUACAAGCAGAUCACGUCCCGGCGGAUGGUGCGCGAGUUCUACGAUGAUUUCCUGGAGAGGCUGCUAGAGCAGGGCUUCUACAGCGACGUGUGCUUCAUUGUGCACGGGCAGUCAUUCCGCACGCAUCGCUGCGUCCUCUGCGCCCGCUCGCCCUACUUUGCUGAGAAGUUCCAGUCAAAGUGGAAGGGCAAGACCAUCAUUUCUCUGAUGCACCCCCUGGUCAAUCCUGCUGCCUUUGGCUCAAUUUUGCAGUAUCUUUAUACAGGUCGUAUGGACACGGACGUGGAGAACAUCGAAGACUGCCGACGCCUUGCCAAGCAGUGCCAGCUGCUGGAGUUGAUUGAGGAGCUCGACUCCAAGUGCAAGCAGGUGUACGAGUUUGUGUCGACAAAACCUGGCACCUGCGUCAAGGUGAUCACAGUGGAGGCUAUCGAUGCCUGUCGACUACGAGAGGACAUGGAAUUGCUGGCUGAUUGUGCCUUCCCACCGGAGUUGAGGGUUGGCUUUGGAGAGCUGCCCUUCGACUGUGCAGAUACCUUUCCAUCCUACCCUGAUGUCUGCUUUGAAGUGGGUGGCAACCGGUUUCUAUGUCACAAGUUGUUCUUCUGUGGCCGGAGCGACUACUUCAAGGCGCUGCUGGAAGACCACUUCAGUGAGGCGAGCGAGCUGCAGACAGAGCCGAGCGUGUGCGUGGUGAAGCUGCACAACAUCUCCCUUGAAAUGUUCAGCACCAUCCUCUACUAUAUCUACAGUGACAUGGCCGAGCUGUCGAGCGAGGAGGCAUGCGAGAUGCUGCCCGUGGCCGACAUGUACCUGCUGCCGGGUCUCAAGCGGCUGUGUGGCAAGGUGCUUGCUCACAGUCUGGGAGAGGACAAUGUCCUGGUCAUGUGGAGGAUGGCAAAGCUGUUCUCAUUACCACGCCUCGAGGACCAGUGCACAAAGUUCAUGGCCAGGAUCCUGGACAAGCUCGUGGAGUCGGAGGAGUUUGCCGAGACGGUGAAGGUGGACGCCGAGGCGGUGGAGGAGCGGCAGGAGACGGACUCGAUCCCCCUGGUGGACGACAUCCGCUUCCACGUGACGUCCAGCGUGCAGACCUUCAGCGCCAUGGAGGAGGCCAACCAGAAGCUGGCGGCGCUCGACGCGCUACUCGCACGGCUCGGCAUCGAGUGCUAAGACGCCCCCCACUCGCCGAGAUGUCAAGGAGGGAGGAUGAGGAGGACGAGAAGGAGGAAGGGGCCCCACCUCGUGUCGGCAAAGGUUAAAGGCUGAACGGAUGACGCUCGGCUCUUGUGCAGAGCAGAAACUGGCCUCCUGCUAAAGCUAAAGGGCCGCAACUUUCCUGCAUGUAACUUAUUUUUGUCGCGCCUCUUCAUGGUUGCGUAGCAUGCCGUGUCGAGUGCCCCACCGCACCCUAAUCAUCGCUUGUUGUUGGAAAUGCAGGAGCGUGUGACCGAGAGGCAUUGCGGUCGAUCGCAGGUCCGUGUCUUUACAUCGGUGAUACGGUAGAGGCUAGCAAGGCGACGGGCACAACUCCCCUUGCCCAACACUCUUGCCUGGAUUUCCCUGCCUAAGGAGUUCACUCGAGCUGGGCAGGAAUCGAGGCAAGGAAAUGUCUGCUGGAACCUAUCGAUGCCUGUAUUUUCCAGAUUGUAAAACACACCUUUUCCCUCUGUUAAAGCAAACGUGGGUGUGCAUCCUUUGAGAACAUCUUAUAACCUGAGAUUAGUGGUUUGUUAACAAAAAGUUAUCUUGGUGAAAUAAGUAUAGGCAAAAGAUUAUGUUUAAUAUAAUCAAGUUGAGGGUGUGGAUCACCUUCCUGAAAACAGAUUAAUCAAGUGUUCUUUAUUAGACAUCUCCAUGCCUUCACGCUGAAAACGAAAUCCCUAAGUUCACGUGUCUUCAUAUUGCUUUAGUUACCCAUGUGAUCUCAUUCAAGUGCAGUUGAACACACAUUUAACGACUAAACAAAAUUUUGCAUACAGGCACUCUUGCCAAUAAUAUCUGGUCAUUCAGUUGCAUCUGUUUAAAGUGCCUGACUGUGCGGAUGAAACCCUGAAGGUCAUAACCAGCCCGGAGUUAUCUUGCUUAAACAAAUGCUUCUGGAAAAUAUUCGUCUGGAAAGCCAAUCGGCCAAUGGAUUAAAUAUAUGCAGGCUGCUUCAAAAAAAUGUUAACACUUCCGAAAAUUUUCAACAUUACCACUAGAAAUGUGCCUCCAGGCUCUGGAGACCAACUGGAGAAGAUUCGAGGCAUUGUGUUGGCAAUGUUGGCGAACAAGUGUAGACUUUGACUUUCUGAAGCUAUUAACAUACAUUCGUUAUCGUAUUACAGUGUAUUAUUCCUUUUUCAUUUAAAAACGAUAGUCCCAUAUAAGUUUUAACUUUUUUUUUAAGCGCCCUGUAUUUAGAUUCAUGUGGACACACAACGGGAGUUUUGCUUAUAAAUGCUUAUAAACAUAUUAACUAAACUUUUUUGGAGUGCAAAGUGGCGACUUGUAUUUUCCCAGUAUUAAGCGGAGACGAUGCAGAACCAACAUUGUUGCGAGUGACAUCAUUACAGAAAAGUUGCACCAUUUGCCCUGCAGCUUUAGGGCACCGUCACCUUGCCGUUUGCAUGCGCUUCACGUGUUCCCCCCGCACAGCUUAUCAUAACGGCACACGCGGUACCUCACGUCGUUUGAAUGCGUAGGGCAGCCGUCGGGCAGGACACGUCAGAUACAUGAGACCCGAGCCCUUUAUCCGCCGGUAAAUUUUCAGGACCGUACAGGUGUAGGUGACGACGCGUCUAAAUACUUCCGUAGACGUCUGCCGUGUUGUUGUGUCACCUUGUGAUCGUGCGGAGGACGAUGCGUCUGUAGGCAGGAUCCUGUUACCUGUUAACCAGGCCACCUGCUUCAACCUCACGUUUUCUCUGUCACUGUUCAUUUUGAAUCGCUAUUCAAUUCACCUGACGGCUCACGGUCCCGUCCUUUACGUAAUGCCGAUUUUGAAUUGCUCGUCCAUAGGCCGAAAAAAAAAAUCGCAUACCACCCGAGGUGGAAAAAUAUUAUUGGUAUCAGUUUCUUUACAUGGCCAAUAAAAAUGAAUUCUAUUUGUGACCUGCUGAUGGGCAAAGGGUGUCGCCUAGUGUAUUUUUAUUGACCAAAAAAAA